AUGGUCAAUCUAUUUUCGCACAAUAUUUCUAAUAGUAAUGCAAUAAAUAACAUUUAUAAUAUCAUAUACGACUACGCAAGUUUAAUCAGUGGUGUCUUAUCGAUCAUAGGCUGUUCUCUUAAUUUAUUUCUAUUAUAUAUACUAAUACGUGAUAAACAAUUUCAUACUGUCUCGUAUAAACUAAUUCGAAUCUCUGUUAUCUCUGAUAUUUUAUCAAGUUUCACGAUCGGUACUGGUUGCCUCUUAAUCUCUUACGAAUUUACUUAUGAUGGAGGCAUAAUUCUUUGUAGGGUAGUUAUAUUUUUUACAUUUACCUCCAACGGUGUCUCCAUAUUAAAUUUAUGCUUAAUUGCUAUCGAUCGUUAUUUUGCUAUCGUUAAACCUUUCUACCGACGCUAUCAUAGACGACGUAAACAAAUUUUCUACUUAAGUCAAAUUUUCGUUUGGACAAUAUCA